GCUGACACGCGAAGCAAUUUCAUCAGUUUUAUUCAACCGGGUAUAAAUUCUAAGUCACAGGAGUAUAAAUGGGAUCACAUAGCAGCAGGAGGAGAGGCGUAAAUUCGGGAUGAGCUCGCUGGGUGCCGACUACGAGCUGGAACGCCAGGGUCCGGUGCUUGUCUGGUGGUUCGGUCAGAAUUUCUCGCAGUCUCGUUACGGCGACAGAACGAAUGGUAAAAUCGAGGGUAAAAUCGUGAAAAAUAGGUUCGGGUUUCCCAAUUUCCUGCCUCAUUCACUCCCUGCACCAGGUAGCAAUGCCUGCACUCUGAUAGCGCUGCUCGUCGCCCUCCGGAUAUCCCAGGGUGACAUAAAAAUCUCGGGCGGACACGACUGCUGCACUCAGAUGCCGCUCAGUUCCCAGCUGAUAAAAUGUCUUGCUGAUAGUUUCGUCCAGGGUAACGAAAUCCAUGAACGUCUUCUCAAGUCCGGAGAGUUACCCCACGUCAAUAUGUCCGUACCCGAAGCAAUUCAGGCCGCUGGAAAAAGCAUGAGAUCGAUCAUCGAAUGGAAGAGUCUGGUCUACCUUAUGGACAUGGGAAGUUCGUUGUUCGACCAGUUGAACGAGACUGUUCAAGAAUGGUACAGAAAUCCGCCGCCCAAUUACUCCGACAAUCUCUUUGUCAUCGUAAUAGCAGACAACAGAUCAGUCCUGCUAACGUUCCAACACUCCGUUCAAAAAGUUACCCUCAUCGAUUCGCACCAGCAUUUGAAUCGCGGAGCGGUUGUAGCACAGGUUGACCUGCAGAAACUGGGAAGCCUCUGCGCCUGGUAUCUGGGCCUGAUGAAGCACUGCUACAACGUCAGACCAUCGUGCUACGAGCUCUCCUACCUCUACUUCAGACGAUACGAAGGAGGGGAGAUGAUCCUUUGUUGAAAGUU